AUGCACGUUGCCAUUGCGGUAGCUCUCGCUUUGCCUCUCGUUGGGGCUCUUCCUCAACGCGCUCCAAACGAGAUACGCCAGGAAAACUCAGCUCCAUUUAAAGCUGACCUCAGAGUCGAUACCAAUCGCGAUGGCCGUGUCGAUGUCGAUGGGUCUACCGACGUCAAUGGCAAAGAUGCCUGGUCCGAAACGUCUGGUGCUAUCUUCCUCCCCAACAUAGGAAGUGCCGAUCGUCAUUGCUCCAAAGGCUACAAUAACGCUGAUUGCAAUGAUGCUUCCACAAAUGAACAAUGGGCACCAAAAUUCAUGGCCAUAAUGCGUACAGUGCCCAUCGCCAAUCUUAGCGACUCGGCAGUCGGCACUAUCUCCAUACAGGAUCCCAAAGCUCGGGCCAAAGUUCGCAUCUUUCUUGACUCUCCAGAGAUGGUUGAUAACCCGCCGUCAAUUGACUUUGGGGACCUGACAGAUCUGAAGCCGCACCCGCCUGUCGAGAGCUUGCGUCAUGUAUACAUGGAGAACGACACGCCUAUCCCUGCGGCCAAGUUACGAAAUGGUUUGACCCUGGGAAUUGACGGACGCGAUACUAGGCGCCCUGACUGGGAUGGAAAAGUUACUGUCGAGUUUAAGGUGACGGACGGAAGCUCCAGUUCCACCGAUAAGGUGAUGCUGCGUGUUGCUCCCGUUUUGACUCACCAUCAUCUCCAGCCCGUUGAGAAAGUAUUCACCACGAAGAAAUCAUUCGAUGGCAAGUUAGCAGAGGAGCAAGAAGCUCUCAUUAAGCCUAUCGAAGACGGCAUUCAAAGGAAUAUGCAAAAGGCUGGAAUCAAGCAGCCGCUCGAGCACCUCAAUAUCCAGUACACCUGGGCCCAAGACGUUAUGGAACCAGGAUACGCAAGCAUGCCCGGACCCGAGGGGCCCAUCACCAUGCGCAUCAAUGUGUAUGGAGUACCUGUCACUGAUAACAGAGGCGGCGAUCUAGUUGAAAAAUUGAUAUUCACUGAUCUACGACAGGAUGGAGUCAGCGCCUUCCGCCCUGCUCCGUCCACGGCGAUUCGCCAUGGCACGCUUGAAGCCGGAGGAAACAUCGAAUCCAUUCCGCCCUAUGAGUUAAACGGCAAGAAGUACCCUGCUGGAAGAAUUGUCAUUGGCGGCACCGAUGCUCAGAAACCAGAGGCGCUGUCCUACUUCAAGGCCCAGGAAGCUCAGGACCCUAUCCUGCUUGACUCUACCUGGCUUUAUGUAAAGCAUGUGGACGAGAUGGUUGGCUUUUUACCCGCCAAGACUGAGCGCUCUUGGCGCAUUGUCAUCGUAGAUCCGAUGAUGGGAUACGACGCGCUGGCGAAGCUUGACAAAGAGGGCCACGGAGACGUAAAGCUCACCAGCAAUCCCAAAGCACAGAAUGAGACAGGUCUGCCAACGGUCCGCGAAUUCCUAGCCGAUCCUCAAACUCGGGAGGCCGCCACUCAUAGCACCAAGAUUAUGGAGCAGAAUCUGCAGACUCUUAAAAAAGAAACCGGUGUUACAGACGCAGACAUUGUCCGCGUCCCUGCAGUUAUUGCAUCUAUGAGCGCAUUAAAGAAGUAUUUGCACGCUAGGGACCCGUACGGAUCUAAUAAUAAUGGCAAUGAUCUCUUGCCCUUGAACUCGGCCUUCCCCAGUCAAGUCAAUGGCGUGCCACUCUCGGACUCGGUUUUUAUCGCACCUAAGCCCUGGGGCCCUGUUGUUAAUAAUGAGGACGUCAUCCAAAAGCUGACGGCAGAAGCGUACUCUAAAGCCGGCUUUGAGGUGGACUUUAUUGAUGAAUGGGAUCUGCACCUGGCUAGCGGAGACUUGCACUGCUUUACAAAUACAUACCGCAGCAUGUCGGCAAAGUGGUGGUAG